ACCCAGUUCUCGUCAUCCAACGGACGCCACUCAAUCGAUCAUUAAAUCAUUACCCACAAAGUUAAUUUUGUAUUCUUUCCCCAUUCAGCUUAUCGCACGGCAUCAUUAGCGCAAUCUCACCCUAUGCCUAUACACUUCUCAGCUAUCAGAAAAUCAUAACAUAUUUUUUGGCAAGUGAAUGAGAGUUAAUUGAUCUGCAUUGAUUUCCCUGGAAAAUCCCUUCAAGAGGAGAGAGAGCAUAUGGAGAAAUCAAUGACCGGAAAAUGCUCUCAUCAACUCUGGUUAGUCAUCCUAAUUCUCUCUGUUCUAUGCCUUAUAUUGUUCAGUUUCGAUUAUUCAAUUAUGAUGGGUGCCAACAAUGAGGUAGCCUUUUCAGUCAAACAACUAAACCCACUUACUAUUGUCGAAAACCAAACCAAUUCUGCCACCAAUCAGUCUUUCACCGACCAAAGUUUAGGAACAUACAGUGAUAUAGAUCCCUGCUCGGGGAGAUACAUAUAUGUACAUGAUCUUCCUAGCCGAUUCAACCAUGACUUGCUCAAGAAUUGUCGGUCACUUACCAGAGGAACCAACUCUAAUAUGUGUCCCUACAUGGCAAACUUAGGUAUUGGUCCAGAGAUUGAGAAUUCCCAAGGGGUAUUAUCAAGCAAGAAUUGGUUUUCCACAAACCAAUUCUUGUUAGAAGUCAUUUUCCACAAUAAGAUGAAGAGGUACGAGUGCUUGACCAAUGAUUCAUCACUAGCUUCUGCGAUAUUUGUACCAUUCUAUGCUGGUCUUGAUAUUAGUCAAUACCUUUGGAAUCCAAACAUAUCGGUGAGAGACUCUUCUGGGAAAGACCUUCUCAAGUGGCUAACAGAAAGACCUGAGUGGAAGAGGAUGUGGGGCAGAGACCAUUUCUUUGUUGCAGGGAGGAUUUCAUGGGACUUCAGAAGAAAAACAGACGAAUCUUCAGACUGGGGUACCAAGCUUAGGUUUUUGCCUGAAUCCAAGAACAUGACAAUGUUGUCAGUUGAAGCAAGCUCUUGGAACAAUGAUUAUGCAAUACCAUACCCAACAAAUUUCCAUCCUUUAAAAGACAGUGAAGUGCUGGAGUGGCAAAGGCGUAUGAGAAGCCAAAACCGGAGUUAUUUGUUUACUUUUGCAGGUGCACCACGUCCUGAUCUCGAAAAUUCUAUUCGGGGUGUGGCUAUUGAACAAUGUAGAGCUGCAAGAGCUUGCAAAUUUAUAGAUUGUAAUGUUACUAAUGGGAACAAAUGUGAUGAUCCGGUUAGUGUUAUGAGGGUGUUUAAGAGCUCGGUUUUUUGCUUGCAGCCUCCAGGGGAUUCCUACACUAGGCGAUCAAUUUUUGACUCUAUUUUGGCAGGUUGUAUUCCGGUGUUCUUUCAUCCGGGUACUGCUUACGCACAAUAUUUAUGGCAUUUACCAAGGAAUGGUACCAAGUAUUCUGUGUAUAUACCAGUGAAGGAUGUGAAACUUUGGAAAGGCAAUGUGGAGGAGAUAUUGCUUGGGAUUUCGAAGGAUAAAGAAUUAGCCAUGAGAGAGGAGGUUAUAGGGCUUAUUCCAAGGAUAGUAUAUGCAAAUCCCAGGUCUAAAUUAGAGAUUUUUGGGGAUGCAUUUGAUGUAACGGUGGAUGGAGUUCUUGAGAGAGUAGAGAGUCUUAGGAGAUUAAUUAGGGAGGGGAGGGAUCCUAGUGUUGGUUUUGCAGAUGGGGAUGAUUAUAAGUAUACUUUUUCUCAGUGGGAGAGAUUUGAAUAGAAUCUCCAUUAUGAGGAAACCUUGUAGUAGCAACUGUAAGAGAAAAAAAAUUCAAUGAGAACAGAGCAAAUCUUAUAUUUACAAUUAUAUCAUUCAAUGCAGUUAUUCCUUCACUUCA